AUAGUACAGAAGGAGGGGGGAGGAAAAGAGAAAAGAAAAAGAGCAGAGGAGUCGGGAUUUGAUCGGAAAGCAUGGCCGGUCAAUCACGGCGAUGGAUGAUACUGCUGGCGACGGUGUGGAUCCAGGCUUUCACCGGCACCAACUUCGACUUCUCUUCCUACUCGUCGGAGCUGAAGGAGGCGAUGGGGAUCUCGCAGGUGCAGCUCAAUUACCUGGCCGUCGCCUCCGAUCUCGGCAAGGCCUUCGGUUGGUCUUCCGGCCUUGCACUCCUGUACCUCCCCCUUCCGGCUGUCCUUUUCCUUGCCGCUGCUCUCGGCUUCGUCGCCUAUGGCGCACAGUGGCUUCUCAUCACCUCCCGCAUCGCUCUACCCUAUGCACCAGUAAACAGCAGUCCUCUCAC